ACGCAGUCCCUAACGCAUCUACCCUCCCGUAUAAAUUACCUACCCGUGUUCGAUCUGCUCCGCUGAUCAACACGUUUCGAAACCAGAAGGUACCCUUGGUCCGCCUUAUGGUGUCUUCAAAUCGAACCCGCGUCACUGUCGGAGAUGUUCGGGCUGUUCGGGUCGCUCCGGCGGGCAUUCGGCUCUCCGAAAGCUGCCAGGAUUCGCGACGAAAGCAGUGCCCGCCCCGCCGAUCGGACAUCGGACAGAGUGAUCCUUCCAGCGGCUGGUUCGGGUGAACGAUUGGGAGGAUCGACGCCAAAGCAAUACUGCAAAAUACUUGACAAACCACUUUUUCUUUAUGCUCUUGAAGCAUUUGAGAAAAUUUCUUAUAUACGCCGCAUAGCAUUGGUGGUUGAUGAUCCAGGACAUGUGGAGGCACUUCUACAAGAGUCGAACUGUCAUAAAGUUUUGGUCGUGCAAGGUGAAAGCACACGCCAUCGUUCCAUUCGAGCAGGCCUUCAGGCACUAACAAAACAAGAGUGCGAUCUUCGCAUUGUGAUAGUCCAUGAUGCUGUUCGACCAAUUGUACCAGAAGAUUUGAUUGAGCUGCUGGUUAAAGCUGCCGAUGAGACUGGAGCAGCAGGGUCUGUUUGCCCCCUCGUUUCAACUGUUUUAAGUGCUGAAAGUGAUGGCUCACUCAAAACAGCUCUUGAUAGAAAAUCUCAUCUUGCAAGUGAAACACCCCAAGCUUUCCAGACAAAUGUAUUGGUUUCAUCCUACAAUAAGUGCUCAGAAGAGGAUUUAGAUUGCGGGACUGAAUGUUUGCAACUUGCUCUGACCUAUGGUGGGAUUCAUGCACGUCUAGUUGAAGGUUCUCCUAAUGACCUAUGGAAGGUAACCAUCAGCCGUGAUUUGUACACUGCAUCGCAAUGUUUAAGAGAGCGCAACAAUUCAGUAUGCAUCAUGGGUACUGUUGACUGUGAACCAGCAAGAUUGCUGGCUCAGAGUUUGAUGUCAUGUGUCAAGACAGUGGAACGUGUUGUGAUGAGCAACGAGGAAGACGUACAACGUUCAUCAGGACUUCGAUUCAACAAUGUUGUUUUCUUCCAUACAAAUCAGAUUGAUAUGGAAAGAUCAUUGUUGAACUUUGCUGCUCUAUUUGAUCUCGACAAUCAGGGCUUGAUUAUUCAUAUCCUGGAGCAAGAGAAUGCUGAGGAAUUACAAAAUAUGAAUGUAUACGAUUUACAAUCAUCUGGACGGAAAAUGGCUCGUCAGUAUCACAAGCUGAAGAAGGGCGUAGUAGUGAUUCAUUGCCUUGAUAAUGAGGCUGACUCUGGCAAUUUAGUACGCCUUGUGACGACACUUAUACAAACUCAUCCAUACUCAAUGACAGGACAAACUUUAUUUUUGUAGAUUUGGGAUGUGGCAAAAAUCAACUGUUCAUUGAAUUAAAAAGAAAGCCCCUCUUGCUUUGAUUUAAAUAUUCACUCACAAUAAUGCAAUAACUCAUUGAGAUGUUUUUAAAGAAAUCUUCAGCUUAAAGCUCAUGAAACAAAAAAAAAUGUUUGUGCAAAGUGUGCCAGGUUUCUUUCAAUAUUUGUGCCACAUUAGAAUAUUUUCCAGCUAGCAAUGUGUUCUAAAUCACUCAAAACUUAUUGUACAUUUUUGUUUUGUUUGUUCCCUACCAAGUAGUCAAAGAAGUGCCUUCUGCUAAAGCUGGAUACAAAACUGAGAAUCUAUCUUGUUAGUUUUUUCUUUUCAGUUAAUGCCUCAGUUAACCAAGAUCAAUUAAAUAUUGAUAUUUUUUCAUUAAUUGUAAGUAGUAUACAUGUGUUGUAGGGUUUGGUGUGAUAAUUAGUUAGUUUUGAAAUAUUUGAACCCUCAUAAGAUAAGUCCAGUGUUAAAGAGGUUCUUUGUGGUCUUCACCUUUCACAAACUUCUUGAAAAAGGAAACAAAGAGGGAGAAAUUGCAUGAAUUCAAAUCCUAUUUUUCAAUUCUAGCUUACCAAUGGCUGAUAUUUUUUGGCAGCAAUUGGCUUUGAAAAAUUUAAUGUGUUUCUUGCCAUGUAAGGUUUGAUUGUGUUACAACUUGUAUGAAUUCCCACUUUCUUGUGAUAUUAGUAUAGACAGUGUGAUGCAUGUAGUUUUAAGUAGUGUUAGAACUGUCGUGCCUCAAAUUUAUUUAUCUCAAAUGUGCAUUAUGCUUUGAUUUUUAUAAAAUGACAAUUCACUUCCUGAAACGCGUAUGUUUUUAUAAAUGUGUGUUGUGCAUCUUUGGCUCUGAAGAUACAUGCUUGCUACAUCAAUUUGUAUUCAAUAAUUGGAAUUCUGUGUUAUUAGUUUGUAAAAUUAGUUUUGAAGUGAACAAGUGACCAAAACCAAAGCAAAAUGGCGUGGCUUUAGUAGUAACUAAAAUUAGCUGUGUUACGUAGCAAUUUAGAAAAAAAAAACAUUGCUGUCAUAAUUAGAAAUAGCACUUAGGUCUUGAAUAGAACCCAUCUAUUAUGUCAUAGUUCUAAAGAGCAUGAAUAGCAUUCACCAAAGUUGUAGAUCAUUGGAAAAAAUUAAAUUGUUGUACAAGCAA